AUGCCGAAGUCAACUGCUGCAGAGAAGGCCCCGCCGUCGCUGAAGGUUUUACGGGUGAAAUUGAAGGAAAUCCAAACCAGCUUUUCCGACAUUUGGAUGUUUGUCGACGGGUACAGAGAGGAUUCAACUCAGGGUCAAAUUGAGGUUCGAUUGGGUAAAAUUGAUGAGCUGUGGGAAAACUUUUGCGACACUUUAGUUCAGAUCAAAGCGCACGAUGACUUUAAGGAGACCGAUGAUUUAUUUGACAAGGAACGGCAAGAUUUGAGCAACCAGUACUACUUUUGCAAAGCAUUUUUGGUUGAUCGAGCUAGAGAAUUUGCGGUGCCGGAUUCGAUCAAUCACACUGUUCGAAUGAACGAAACGUCAGGCCAUAGUGGGAUGGAUCAUGUGCGGUUGCCUCAGAUAAAAUUACAAUCUUUUAAUGGUGACAUUGAAGAUUGGCUUGGAUUCCGAGAUCUGUUUACCUCGUUAAUCCAUUGGAAGACAGAUCUUAGCGAAGUUGAAAAAUUUCAUUAUUUGAAGGGUUGUCUUGAAGGGGAGCCAAAAACCCUGAUAGAUUCACUUCAAAUUACGCAGGCCAAUUACACAGUAGCGUGGGAAACAUUGCUCAAACGCUACAACAAUAGCAAGCAGCUAAAGAAACGACAAAUCCAAGCCUUAUUUUCUCUUCCCCAUCUGAACAAGGAGCUUCUCUUGGUGCAUCUUCUCUCAACACGUUUGGAUCCCGUCACACGUAGGGGGUGGGAGGAAUUAUCAGCUAGCAAGGAGGCGGAUACUCUCGGAGAUUUGACGGAGUUUAUUCGGCGGCGGAUUGCGGUUCUAGAGGCGCUUCCAUCCAAGGCAUUGGAAUUGAAGGGUGGUUAUCAGCAGACAGCGGGACAGAAGCAGAAACCAUACGUUCGGCGCUCCACUGUUUCGGAAAGGGUGAAUCUACUUCGAACACAUGGGUUGUGCCGAAAUUGCCUAAGAACGGGACAUCAGGCUCGGAAUUGUCCAUCGAAAUUCUCCUGCAAGCAGUGUAGUGGUCGUCAUCAUUCGCUGGUGUGCUUCCGCUCUGAAAACAACAGUAACGGCCAGGUUUCAGCAAACGCAUCGAGGAAUGAUUCUCUCUCCGACGAUCAGGAAGCAGAAUCAUCGACACGUGUGGCGAACAUGGCAGCUCCAAUUGGUUCAACAGUGAAUUCAGCUUCGCAAUUUCGAUCUCGUGUUUUACUAGCGACAGCGGUGGUCAUUAUUGAAGACGAUAUGGGUAAUCAGCUUCCGGCAAGGGCGCUGUUGGAUUCCGGAUCUGAGAGUAAUUUUAUGACUCAACGGCUUAGUCAACGGAUAACGGUUUCUCGAAACAAGGUGAAUGUUUCGAUUCUCGGCAUUGGGCAAGUUGCAACGAAGGUGAAGCAGAAGGUCACCGCUGUGGUGAAGUCUCGUACAUCUGAAUAUGCUCGUGAACUUAGUUUCUUGGUUUUACACAAGGUUACGGCAACUCUUCCGACAGCAGAUGUCAACACUGGUGGAUGGAAUAUUCCUCAGGGAAUUUCGCUAGCUGAUCCAGCCUUUUUCCAGUCCAAUAGCGUGGACCUCGUCUUGGGAAUUGAGUGCUUCUUCGAGUUCUUCGAAACUGGUCGAAGAAUAUCGCUUGGAGCAAAUUUGCCAGCACUCAAUGAAUCAGUCUUCGGAUGGAUCGUAUGUGGAGGUGUUUCUCAACCGGAUAGCUCACUAAGAGUCAGCUGCAACGUCUCGGCGAACGAGACACUUGACAUGCUGGUGUCACGGUUUUGGGAAUCCGAGGAGAUUGGAUCAAAGAGGAACUAUUCCCCGGAGGAAAGUCUAUGUGAGGAGAUUUUUGAGCAGACGGUUCAGCGGAAUUCAAGUGGGCGAUACAGUGUUGCUCUGCCAACGAAAAAGAUUGCGGUGUCAAGGCUCGGUGGCUCCAGAGACAUUGCUUAUCGACGGCUCUUGGGUACCGAACGUCGAUUUGCUCGAGAUACAGAACUGAAGCGCCAAUACAUGGAAUUUAUGGAAGAGUAUCAUCAACUUGGUCACAUGCGGAAGGUUCCGGCGGAGGAUAUUGGCAAUUUCAGAAGGUGUUUUCUGCCACAUCAUCCGGUAAUAAAGGAGGCGAGUACGACUACCAAGGUGCGCGUAGUCUUCGAUGCCUCUUGCAAGACAUCUUCGGGAGUUUCGCUCAACGACGUCUUGAUGACCGGGCCGGUUGUACAGGAUGACCUCAGGUCCAUCAUUAUGCGGUGUCGGACGAAGGCUAUUAUGCUGGUGGCAGACGUGGAGAAGAUGUUUCGCCAAAUUGAGAUUCAACCCGAAGACAGACCUCUCCAGUGUGUGUUAUGGCGCAACAAUCCGAACGAGGAAGUAGGUGUUUACGAGCUGAACACGGUGACCUACGGCACGAAGCCGGCACCGUUUUUGGCUACCCGGACUCUGCAACAGCUCACAUCAGAUGAGGCAGCUCGUUUUCCAUUAGCGGCGCAAGCGAUGGCGGAUGACACCUACAUGGACGACGUCAUUACCGGAGUGAACAUCCUCGAAGAAGCUAUUGAGCUCAGGAAGCAGUUGGAGCAGAUAACGGAAAGUGGAGGUUUUCGACUACGCAAGUUUGCCUGUAAUCGGUCGGAGGUUCUUCAGGGUAUUCCGGAAGAUAAUUUAGCGAUUCCUGGGUUCGUGGAUUUGGAUCCAGAUCCCUCUGUCAAAACUUUAGGACUGACUUGGUUGCCUGGUCCGGAUACCUUCAUGUUCCAGUUUAAUUUGCCAAAAAUCGAAGACCUGAAGUUAACGAAACGCAACGUUCUCUCUGUUAUCGCCAUGUUAUUCGACCCCCUAGGGUUGCUGGGAGCCACUAUUACCAUGGCGAAAAUCUAUAUGCAACAAUUGUGGACUCUUCAAAACUCGGAAGGCGAUAGACUUGAUUGGGACGAGCAACUACCUUCCACGGUGGGUGAGCGUUGGCGAAAAUUUCACGAGGAGUUGCACUGGCUGAACACCAUCAGAAUUGAUCGCUGUGUUAUUCUCCCCAACCCGACUGAGCUCGAACUUCAUUGUUUCUCGGACGCUUCUGAGAAGGCGUUUGGAGGUUGCAUCUAUAUUCGUAGCAGAGAUUCUCACGGUCUGGUUUGGACUAGAUUGGUUUCGUCGAAAUCCAAAGUGGCCCCAUUAAAAUGUCAAUCGAUAGCACGUCUCGAACUCUCUGGAGCGUUAUUGAUUGCAGAACAAUAUGAAAAGGUGAAGGAUUCCUUGAAAAUUGCGGCUAAGGCGUUUUUCUGGACCGAUUCGACCUGCGUUUUGCGGUGGUUGCAAGCGAUUCCGACUGUGUGGACGACGUAUGUGGCAAACAGGGUGUCGAAGAUUCAAUCUAUCACUCAGGGAUGCAAGUGGAACCAUGUACCAGGCAUUGAGAACCCGGCGGACUUAAUAUCGAGAGGAGUGUCGCCAGCAAAUAUCGUAGAGAACCAAUUUUGGUGGAAUGGACCAGCCUGGUUGAGUGAAUUACCGGAUGGUUGGCCUCAAGCGCCAGCUUUUCGUGUUCAAGAAGAAGUAGAUGAGGAACUGCGUCGUACUACUGUUAUCGCUUUUGCCUCUGAAACAGAGGAUUUUGUUCAGAAGAUAGUGUUUGCGGAUGAAUGGAAGAUGUUAACGACAGGGAAAUCGGUGUCUAGGAGCUCGCCGAUGCGGUGGUAUAACCCAUUUUUAUCAACGGAAGGAGUUAUUCGACUUGGUGGAAGACUGAGGAAUUCUGAUGAGCCUAAUGACGCCAAAUAUCCGGUUGCACUUCCUGCUAAGCAUCAACUUUCGACGUUGCUUAUCAGGGCCAAGCCAUCUCCAGUCCAACAGUUCAUGGGCGAUUUACCUGCUUCUAGAGUGACCAUCGCCCCAGCCUUCCGACGAAGUGGUGUGGAUUAUUUUGGUCCUGUUUAUGUCAGACCUUCACCCAGACGCCCAGCAGUCAAGGCCUACGUUUGUGUCUUCAUCUGUCUAUGCACAAAGGCGGUUCACCUGGAACUGGUCUCAGAUUUGACCACUGACCGGUUCAUUCAAGCGCUGCGCAGAUUCGUUGGUCGCAGAGGAAAAUGCGCAGAAAUACUUUCCGACAACGGGACCAAUUUCGUUGGCGCCCGUAACAAGAUGAGAGAACUUUUAAAACUUCUGAAUGAUCGUUCCCAUCGUGAUCAAGUGGCCAGAGAAUGCGCAAACUCCGGAAUACAGUGGAGGUUUAGUCCGCCCAGCGCCCCUCAUUUCGGUGGUCUCUGGGAGGCUGCAGUACGAUCAGCAAAGAAUCACUUGCUUAGAGUGCUCGGAGAAGAGCCAGUUUCGCCCGAAGAUUUCAACACCUUAUUGGUUCAGGUCGAAGCGUGUCUAAACUCCCGACCGUUGACACCCUGUUCAGACGACCCUAACGACUUGGAGCCCCUAACGCCUGCUCAUUUCAUCAUUGGUAGCUCACUCCAAGAAAUACCAGACGAGGACGUUUCGAAUGUGCCCUUCAAUCGACUUGGUAAAUGUCAGCAGGUCCAAAAACGGUUCCAGCUAUUUUGGAAGCGAUGGCGGAGGGAGUAUUUGUGCCAGCUGCAAGCUAGGACCAAGCGAUGGAAGUCCCCAGUUAGCAUCACCGAAGGAACCCUAGUUGUAUUGAAGGACGAGAACCUCCCACCUCUACGUUGGAAAAUGGCUCGUGUUCAACAGACAUACCCUGGCAGUGACGGAGUGGUACGAGUCGUAAAGCUGAAAACCGCACAAGGAUGCAUCGAUCGCCCUGUUGAGAAAAUCUGCAUCCUUCCCAUCGAACCCAGAGAACCCUUAACUGAUCUCGCUCAAGCCGGUGUUUUCAACUCGACCGGACUAGCGAGCAACGAACCGAGAUCUAAAAAUAGCCUGCACCAACUAGAUUUUUUCUACCCGGAAUCACCAAGCCAUCGAUCCAAACAAUACCCCAUCGAGGCCACCAGCAAUCAGUCGACGAUCAUCAGCCGGUAUUGUUCCGAGGGAAUCAUCACCAUCUGCUAUUGUUUCGCUUUCACUUUCGUCAGAGGCCGGUUGGAGGUUUUCGAGAUCUGCGAGAGCGAACUCGGAAAACAUCGCAUGCAACAAUCCUGA